UUUUAAGGGUACUGUUGGGAAUCGGGGAAACCCAUCUUUAAAUGGGAGGUCACUUGACAUUACGCUCACAGUCCCUUUAAGGUUUAAGAUUGCUGGAACAUAUUUGUACCUAAAUACGAUAGUUUUAUCUUCUUCAGUACUUCUAGCACUGUUACUAUCGAUGUACUGUCUGUAUUGCACAGACCAGAUGUCCAACAAAAUUGAGAUAAUCUCCAGACAGAUAGAUAACAAAACGGAUGAGGCAGUAGUGAGACUGAAUGAUCUGGAAAUGAAACUGAAUACAUUAACAAUAGAUAUUCUAACUAAGAAGCAGGAGAAAAGUGAACCUAUCUGGCCAAUGUUUGAUUGCUCAAGGACGAGUAGGCUGCAUGAUCGAGGAAUAAUAACUUAUAAUACUUGUCUAGUGGAUACUACGAAUGGUUCCAUGAAUCCUGCAACAGGAAUAUUUACUACAGCAGAUUCCCAGCCUGGUAUUUAUCAGAUAUCAUUUACUGCUAAAUAUGUAGCGCACAGUAAUGGAAAGUUUGGUGCUUGGUCGGAUAUUAUGGUCAAUGACAAGGUUGUGGGGGACUCACAACGCGAAUACAAUGGAAACAGUAGAACAGAGAGCAGUACUCAUACAGUUAUUCUUCUUCAUAUCCUUAGGGCUGCAGAUACAGUACGUGUACAAUUCAACAAGGAUGGAAGCAGCUACAUACACAGUGAUGACGACCAUGAUGUACACUUUACAGUACGUAAAGUAGCUGAUAUACCUUCCUUCAUGUAAACAACUAUCAACUUUAUAUGUAAUGAUGAAAUAUAUAUAAAACUAAUCACUGAAAA